AUGAAGCUUUUAAUCUCGAUAUAUCGUGACGCUCUGGGCAAGGACUUAAGAGGGCCGAUUGGAAGAGCAAACGGUUAUAAUUUACAGCAGAUUUUGUAUAAUAAUAACAGAAUCUUUGGGAAUUUGCAUAAAUUUGAAAAUUUCAGAAAUGUGUUUGGUUCCGCGCCCGUUUCGUCAGAAUCUGUGACUUUCAUUAUUUUCUGGAAAGGAAUUGAAGAUGUGUUGAGCGGUAAACACCCCUCUGUUUCACUUGCUAUGCCUGAAAUUUUAUAUAAAUGCUGUUUUGUGGAUGAUGAGUAUGUGAUUUCCUUGCGUUUUUUCAGGGAUGAGAUACUGAAGACAGAGUCCUCAUUCAGCAAAACUGAGUUGCUCGAGUCCAUUAGAAAGGCCCAAAAGAAUAGUAAUUUGCAUGAUUUCUGGUCGAAGGUGUUUGAAAAUUCUGUGAAAAUGUUCGAUUCUGAACUGGUAUCAGUCUCAGACAUAUCAACCAUGCUUUUUGGGUUCCUUGUUAAGAAAUACUCCUACGAUGUGUAUUUGGUCUCCGAAAGUGAACCAUCCACCACUUUUUCAACUGAUUACGACCAUAUUAGCUCAGGAAACGCUUCUGAUACUAACAACACCACUUCUGAAACAGUAUCCAAUACUCCUAUUUCUGAUGAGAGCAACCCUCUCUCUGAUAGCGUUAUUUUUACCUCCAAACAUUUUGAAAGCACCUGGUCAAAUGUUGAUACCUCAGUUAACACAAAUUAUACUUCCAAUAAUAGCACGAAUAACGCUAAGAGUAAUGUUAAUAGUAUGAAUGUUAACAGUGCUAAGGAUAAUGUUAAAAAUGCGAAGGAUAGAGCGAUGGAAUUGUGUGAAGCAGACGAUAGCUGGGAUUAUGAGUAUAAAUAUCGCAAGUUAUUAUCAGAUUUGGAGGGCUGUCUUCCUCGGUUUUAUACCUACUACUCCGAAGCCAAGUGUGAGUUAACAACUUCAAAGGAAGAGAUCAGAAGACUCUUGGAGUUAAACGAAGAAUUGAAUGAGAAGUUGACAAAGGAAAAAAAUAGUUUCGUCGAGAAAAACUCACUUUUAAACUCUGAAAUGGAGUCAAUUACUCAGCAAAAUCAACAGUUAAAUGAUUUUAUCAUUAAUAAGGACAAAGAGAUUGAAACGCUUAAACAACAAUUAGAGGAACUUAGUGCUAAAUUUGAUAGUUCAGAUUAUGGAAAAGCCACCAGAGAGUUGCAAGUUUAUAUCGCUAAGUCCGAAGGACUCUUGAAAUCAAAUGAAGCUCUCAAAGAUAAAAUCUUCAACCUCGAAGCAGCAUUAAACCAACUACAAAAUAACACCACACAUACUACUACCACUAAUAGUACCUCUGUUAAUACAGUUAAUAUGAUGGAUGAAGUUGAUAAGGAUUCACAGCUGAGUGUUCAAAAGGAUGAAAUAACUAAAUUAACGAAUGAGUUGAAUAAAUUAACAAAUCAAGUGUGCCAGUUAACAGAUGAGUUAAGUCAAUCAAAGAUUGAAAUAACAGGACUAAAAGAGGCAAAUUCUAAUCUAGAAGGUGAUAAUCUUAGGUUAAAGGAAUAUAAUUCGAAACUAGAAAGUGAAAUGAAGCAUGAAACUUCUUUAUUAAGAAAUGAUAAUCUAUCCCUAACCAAUAGUAACAGUGAACUUAGGAAUACUAAUGGAGAAUUGCUUAACACUAAUAAUGAAUUGAUUAUUAAUAAUAAUGAACUUAAGAUCACUAAUGAUGAAUUAAUUAAUAGUAACAUGGAGUUAACUCAUAAUGUGGAGCUGUUAAAGAGGGAGAAUCAGUUGCUAGAAGCUGAGUUUGAUAAGGUUAAAUGUGAAAACGUUAGUCUAACGUCAGAAUUGAAUGAGUUAAAUGAGAAGCUGAAGUUAAUUGCUACGAAGAAUCCCAAUCAAGAGGAUUUUUCAAGCGAUUACAAUAAGGCCAAACUGGAUAUAAUUGAUUUGGAAACAAGACUGGAAGAGUUAAGUAGGAAAAACGAAUACUUGAUGGAGCUGUAUGAACAGGCAUCAGCUGAGAAUUUGAAAUUGGUUUCAAAACUAGAAAUUUUAAAUAACCCAAGUCCCACCGAUGCCAAAAACAAACUCGUCGACUUGGUAAAGAAUUAUCAAAAGUUUGAUGAUUUACAAAGCCCACUGUCUUAUGAAUCAGAAUCCACCGAUUGUGACCAUUCUCCCAACUGCUCCACUGCCUCCGGUGAAGGCUCUACUAAUACACUAAGCAAUAAUUUUCAUUCCAACACACUCAAUUCCCAUUCAAUCAACAUUAACCCGCAAUCUAAUCUAGAACCUACUGUACAACACUAUGUAAACGAGGAUGUAAAGAAUGAGAGAAUAAAGAUAAGUCCGGAGCUGGCAAGUAUAAGGCAGAUGAACACAAUUAACGCAUUAAAAAGAGGAUUAGUCAAUCUCAAUUCAGGGAACAGAGCUGAGAAUUUUCACAGCCAUGGAUCCAAAAAACUAGUACAAAGACGGAUAAAUGGGUUCAAGAGGACGGACUCAAUGAACCAAAACUCUAUAGGAAGCAGUUUUAGGAACAAUCAGUCCCUAAUCAACUAUGAUAAGCUUUCACUAAAUAAAUCCGAUGAAUCUCUAAACGCAUACGAUGAACUAGGAAUAGAAGAACAACAAGAGCCAGAUAUUAUCAAAAACACAUUCUCUUUCAUUUAUAAAAAAUUAAAUUUAUCUCAAUAA